GGCACAGAACCCAUCCAGCGUAGUUCACGAAUAUCCUAUCGAUUUCUUCCACAGCUAUCGGCAGCCGGCAACAAGCCAUUACUCGGCUGUGAUGCUACGGCCGCCGCCAUCGGUGUCACUACGCCCUUCCGCUCCCCGCGCCUCCCCUCUCCCGCCCCCCAGAGCGGCGAACCCUAACACCGACUCGGCAACAACGAAAACCCCCAGCGCCGCCGCCGCGGGCGCAGCGGGCAACAUGGGCGCGGCGGCGUGGUGGCGGCGCGCGCUGGGGCAGCGGUUCAACCCGGCCGGCGUGGCCGCGGUGGCGGCCGUCGCGGCGUCCGAGCCGCGCCUGGCGCUGCCGCACGCGUCGGUGCAGGACAUCCGGUGGCUCGACUGGGCCGAGCUCCGCCGCGCCGGCUUCCGCGGCGUCGUCUUCGACAAGGACAACACGCUCACGGCCCCCUACGCGCCCGCGCUCUGGCCGCCGCUCGCCGCCGCGUUCGACCAGUGCCGCGCGGCGUUCCCGCCCGGCGCCCUCGCCAUCUACAGCAACUCCGCAGGGUUGAAGGAGUACGAUCCGGAUGGUGUGGAUGCGAGGGCAAUCGAGGCGGCCAUCGAGGGUGUUCAUGUGAUCAGGCAUGAUACAAAGAAACCUGGUGGAGCAGCUAAGGAAAUAGAGAGUUACUUUGGUUGUUCAGCUUCAAAUCUUGUGAUGGUCGGUGACCGAUACUUCACUGAUGUGGUCUAUGGGAACAGGAAUGGCUUUCUUACAGUGCUGACAGAACCAUUAAAUUUCGCUAAUGAAUCGUACAUUGUCAAAAGGGUUAGAAAACUGGAGGCAUACAUCAUCAGUUAUUGGUACAAGAAAGGGCACAAACCCAUUGAGCAUCCUCUGUUAUCAGACGCAAGGAAAAUUGUGAAAUUUGACCCGUAUGAUGACUCAGUUACAACCAAAGCAUAGCGUGAUGUUCUUUGCUGCUCCUGCUGAUACUACAGAUUCAUUGGGUUCUAUUCUCCAGAUCAGUGUGUAGAGAGAUGAUGUUUGUUGCUGAAAAGAUUACAAGGGAGAAUAUAUGGUGUGUAGAGAUUUUCUUUUUUUUCCCCAUCUUUUAGCAGAAGGGAAUUCAGGGAAAUAUACUUUUGAUAGUCCUGUGUGUGAACAUUACUUUGUUAGUCCUUGGUUCCUUGCUGCAUGAUAAUACCAACGUGCGUUUCCCUAUGAAAUAUAGUACGUGACAUGGUUCACAUUCAGUAAUAAUAUAUGCAGUUCAGUACC